UGAAGUAUACAUUUACAAUGUUUUUUCUGUUUAUUUGAUAAUGAUAUGCAGAAUUUCAUUUCAUCUACAUCUGAAAUUUAUUAGCAAUGGGUGAAAAUCAUGGUGAAGAUCAGUUAUACAUUCCUCAAGUUGCAGAUGAUCGAAAGCCAAAAUAUGGGAUGGAAUUCUCAUCAAUAGAUGAGGUAUUUUCAUUCUAUAACCAAUAUGCACGCGAAUCUGGAUUUAGUGCAAGGAUAAAUAGUAGCAAGAAAAAUAAGAUAACAAAUGAGGUUGUGUGGAAAACAUUUGUAUGCUUUAAAGAAGGGCAUACGGAUGAUCAACGGAAUAAACAAGCAAAGGGUGAUCAACGUACAAGGGAAAGAACACGUGGUGAAGUUAGAACUGGUUGUAAGUCAAAGAUUUCACUUGUCAAGAAACAAACUGGAUCUGCAUGGGUUGUUACUAAUUUCACGGAAGGUCAUAAUCAUCCACUAUCGACUCCUUCAAAGGUGCAUUUGUUACGCUCCCAUCGUCAUGUUUCAGCAGCAAAAAAAGCAUUGACUCAACGGUUUUCAGAGGCCAAUGUGCCAACUUGCCAACAAAUGCGAUUAUUGGAGAUAGAAUAUGGAGGGCCCGAGCAAGUAGGUUGCACAGAAAGAGAUAUCAGAAAUUUUGAGAAAGAGCUAAGGGAUGAACAAAAGGGUAUCGAUGCUGAAACACUAAUCGAGCUAUUUGCAUCUGAGAAAGAGAAAAAUCCAGCUUUUUUCUUUGAAUACCUUACUGAUUCAUAUAACAGAUUCAGUAGAUGUUUUUGGGCUGAUCAUGUAUCAAGAACGUCAUAUAGUGUAUUCGGUGAUGUGGUUGUAUUUGAUACAACAUAUAACACCAACAAAUAUGGGCUGAUUUUUGCACCAUUUGUAGGAGUGAAUCAUCAUCACCAAACAAUUAUUUUUGGUUGUGGCUUUAUAAGUGAUGAGAAAACUGAAUCUUUUGUGUGGCUGCUUAACAAGUUCAUAGAAGCCAUGCCUAAAGGUGCAUCAAAUGUGAUCAUCACUGAUCAGGAUCCUGCUAUGACAAAAGUCAUUGCCCAAGUUUUUCCACAAACAGUGCACCGAUAUUGUUUAUGGCACAUACUGAACAAAUUUCUAGAAAAAUUGAAUCCUUUGACUUUUCGUGACUACUAUCAAGGUAUAAAUAAUGUUAUUAGAAAUUCUACUAUACCUGAUGAAUUUGAGAAUUCAUGGCAAGAGGUUAUCAAGUGUGCUAACUUAGAGAACAAUGAUUGGUUAUCUUUGAUGUAUGAAUUGCGACAUAAGUGGGUGCCAGCUUAUUUUAGCCAUGUAUUUUGUGCUGGAAUGUCAAGUAGUCAGAGAUCUGAAGGCUCCCAUGCAUUUUUCAAGAGAUAUGUUUCAAAUAAAAAUUCAUUGAUGGACUUUAUCACCCGUUUUAAUAGGGCACUGAGACACCAAAGACACAAUGAGUUAGUUGCAGAUCAUAUUGAUAUGAAUGAGCAUCCUAAGAUUAAGACAAACUGGCCAAUGGAAACUCAAAUGGUUAAGUUGUAUACGAAAAAGAAAUGGGUGGAGUUUCAAAGUGAAAUGAGUGAGAGUCAUGGUUAUUAUGUUCAACAAGUGUCUAUGGGAGUUGACUCAGUGGUUUAUCAUGUGAUGAAUUUUCAAAGUUGUUCUUCCUCUAAACCAAGGGUGCUCAUGCAUGACAAACAGAGGGAUAACAUAUCCUGUAGCUGUAGGAAAUUUGAGUUUGAUGGCAUUCCAUGCAGGCAUAUGUUAGCUUUUUUUCGUAUCAACCAAGUGUUUCAUUUGCCUGAUAAGUAUAUACUCAAACGAUGGACACGAGAUGCAAAGGUUGGAGCAAUAUAUACUUUGGGGGUGCAAAAUUUUAUUGAUGAUCCAGAUAGGGUUUUGAUGUCAAGACACUCAAGGUUAUCUUAUAAAGCUUCAGUAUUAAUUGAUGAUGCAUCUUUGACUGAUGAGGGGACAGACUUCUUGGAUGAGCAAUUGGAUUGUAUUUACAGUAAAAUUCAAGAGAUGAACAUUAGUAAAAAAUGUGACAAUAGAGGUCAAAGGAAGAAAUCUGUGGAUGAGUCCCCUAAUAUUAUUGAUCCUUCUUUAGUAAGAACAAAGGGAUGUGGGAAGAGAUUGAAAUCAUCAAAGGAGAAGUCAACCUCAAAGUCCCGGUUAUGUCGUGGAUAUGAGCAUCAAGGUGUGUCACAUGACAAGCGCAAUUGUCCUAUUUUACAGCAAGGAUCAACUUUGGAUAAUCAUCAUAACAACGAUGAUGACACAUAUGAAGAAGAAUUGACAUCUAUAGCAGGCAAGUACUAUCAAAGUUUAAUUUAA